UUGCCUCACAUAUGAUCUGCAAGCUAACAUUGCCUGCCUUCCGUAGCGCCUGUCAUUCCAAGCAAGCAUCAAAUCCCUAUCGUUCCGCCUGCUCCGCUGCUCUAGUCUUUCGCUCAGAUGUCGUCGAUGGCUGUUGAAGCAAAAUCUCUCUCCUCGCUCACAGCACUUGCAUCCAAUCCACCAGCAUAUCCUAGAAAUCCAACACAUGUGAAGCACGAGCCGUUGGUGCUCUACAUUGCUCGUGUACCAGGCAGCAAAGAUGUUUUUCUCUCGCCCAUGAAACCCCGCGAAAAGGUGGUCACCGCAGAAGAUAUUACAAGUUCCCUCUAUUUCGUCCACGUUGAACAUCCUCAAGAUGUGAACCUUAUCAACUACCCGGAAGCUCAGGACCCAGACUAUCCGGAACAGCGACCUAAUCCUGGAAAUCGAUUAUCUGCGCCGGCCAUUCAGCGCAAGGCUGUCCCAAGCACUCCAACAGGUGCACCAGCGCGAAAACCCGUCCCUGGAACUCUAGCUCCCAUUGCGAACUUCGAUAGCAGGCAAAAUACAAGUGCAGGUCAAUACGCCCAAAGGCCUGGAAUGUUAAGCCCUGGGUACGAACCGCGUGGAUCUUACGAUUCGACUCGAUCGCAAACAGAGAAUGACAUACCGACAAUACAACCACGAAGACCAGAGGUGAACGUGACUCCCACCGGCAUAUCACUCACUCUUAUUCGACGAGAUCCAGCAUCUGGCGCCCAAUGGAACGUUGCCCGCAUUGAUGAUCCAACCAUCGCUGAAAUCACAUCCACUGAGCUGACAUUGGCUGCUGCAAGAAGGAAGCCAGGCGCUCCAAUGUAUAUCGAAAUAUCCAAUCCUGGAUACUCCAAAUUCCUCCAUUCAGAAACAGAUCAGAAGCCUCCUUUACCGACUCGUACUAGCGACCUGUCAGUGCGAUCUUACCAAUCAUCAAACGCUCCGCUACGCACAGGCGUGGACUAUCCACCCGAGCUGUCAUCAAAGAACGACAACGUUUUCCGCCGUCGCUUGUGGAUGGAAGGGUCGCAUCUUGGCGGCGGAUUUGGGCAUCGCAAGAGUGGUUCCUACGAUCGCAACUCCAGUCGGCCCACUUCAAGAGGCAACUAUGAUGACAGACCGUCCAUGGAUCGGCCAAUAUCCUCACCAUCAUUCCUGACACGAGAUGAUCAAGCAUAUGGGACCCUUCAAGUCUCUGAGCGACAGUCGAGCUUCCGAGGAUAUGUGUUCACAAGUCCUUGGAACGGGCGUUGCGAAUUCAUCACUGGUGCAAGUGGUGGUACAUUGAAGUGCCGGCAUGUCAUCCCUGGUCUGCAAGGUGCACCGCCGGCAGCUGCGACCGUGAGCGAAAUGAAAUUUAAUCUCCCGAGUGUCAACAAAGCGCCGUCCCCUAGAGAAGAGACUUCGAAGCGGUCAUCAUUGUUUAAGCGAGGGCGCCAUAGUCGCAAUAACUCUGUCUCUGUCAAUCGCAAUGAAGGUGUAGAAGACGCAAGAAGCUCUUUAGAUCGCAUGGACUUGUCACUUGGUCAAGAAUUCGCUGGAGGUGGUUUCGGUGGCAAGCAGGCAAAGCUGGGCAAGAUUAUCCUCGAAGACGAAGGCUUGAAGAUGAUGGAUCUGCUAGUGGCCACCAACAUAGGAUUGUGGUGGCGGGCAUACGAGAAGGCACAGGCUGCUGCAAGAGGUGAUCGGAGUGGCUUCUGAAUAGAGUGUCUCUCGUCCGAUUGAGAGAUCGAUUAAGAAUCUAGGGACCGACAUCAAAUCUUGGUGGCCUCCAGAGGUGUCAACAUUGCACGAGCCGAUUUGAAGUCUAUUCCAACGUCGCACUUCCCGUUACCAGUGCAUCAGACUUCAAAAUACCCUGAAGACCUCCAUGGUUGUCUUUGACUGGAAACGGAAGGCACAAAUCGACCAGGAAGCUAUGCCAC